AUGUUGAAUGACACGCUAGAACUGCCAGUAAAUUUUAAUGGACAUAGAAGCAACCAAGGUGUGAAACAAAAUUGUAUCAGUUAUAAUAGGGAUUAUACUAUAAUAAUGAAUGACGGUUUGGCUCAAAAAACAGUCUCUGGGAAGAGCCCAGUAAAGACAAAUUCUGAUGUUCAACAAAAUAACACAUUAAAUAAGUUUAUGAUUAAAAAUUUUAUUAGAGGUAUUAUGUUAAAACAUGUAUAUCUUUUCAUUCCUGAUGAUGUAAGUGGGAUCGCAGAUUUUAAUAAUAAUAAUAUAUUUAAAUUUACAUUUGAUAAAGAUAAGACACCAUACAUUUUUGAGACUAUCUUAAAGAGAGCACAUUCUACCAUUUUACAAUUUAAGAAAGUUUGUUGUAUUAUCAUUAAAUUUUUAGAAUGUUGUAAGAAUGAAACGAAUUACAUGAAACAUUUGAAAUAUGAUCUUCAUAGACUAAUCGUUGUAGCAUUUGUUCUAAGUGUUCCUAAUGUGAAUAGUCACGAAGGUAACAAGAUUAUGAAUAGAGAAACAUGUUAUAAACUUUACAGUAAAAUAUCUGGCUUAACCAUUGAAGAAAUUACAAACUGUUGUUCUAUAGUGAGACCCGUGUUAAUUAGACGUAGCAGAAAACAAAAAGGAAUAAGUCGGUCUCCGAUAAAUGAUCAUCUGGAUAAUAACCUUACAAUUACUUCUUUAAAUAAUGAUAAUCCAACCAAUAUCCUUGAAGGUAAUGGUAAUGUUGCUCGUUUCAGUAGUAUUGAUUCUCCUUAUAAUAUAGAUGAAAAUUUGAUGAGUUAUAAUCGAUUUUUAUCUGUGGCUCAAAAAAGUAUUGAUGUUCAUAGUGCAAAUUAUAAUAUUGGAACAAAUUUACCAUCUUUAAACGAUGAUGAAAGUAUACAAAGUCACGGAUCAUAUUCACACUCUUCUGAAUCUCCUUCCUUCACACCUGCGUCAAUCAAUGACGUUCGAUAUAACAUUUCGUCAUUACAUGAACUGAAUCAAAUCAAUAGUUCCACAAGAAGACAACAUCAUAAUCAUAAUCAUCAUUACCGGAACAAUAGCGUUAAGGACAAUUCUCCAUUGAGUAAUGGAUAUAUUAUGAACACGGAAAUUGAACAAUUCAAUGAAAUGGGUAAGAAAUUAGUCUUAGAAAACUUCACAAUAGUGUAA